AUGACGGGUGAGACUAUUCCGUUCAUUGAUCUUGAGAAGAUUUUAGAGCAAUUCGAGUGCAAGAAGUUAAGAGAUGCAUGUGAAAAAUGGGGUUGUUUUAGGAUUAUCAACCAUUCUAUUCCUUUGACCCUUAUGGAUGAGAUGAAAAUAGUUGUUAUAGCUCUUCAUGACCUUCCUAUGGAUAGGAAGAAAAACAAUAAAGAUGUCAUUCCUGGAAGUGGUUACUUUGGACCAACUGUUUUUAACCCUGUCAUAGAAUCUCUUGGCCUCUAUGAUAUGGGUUCUUCACAAGCUAUACAAUAUUUCUGCUCUCAAUUGAAUGCUACACCUCAUCAGAGGCAAAUAAUUGAGACAUACGGUAAAGCAAUACAUGAUAUGGCAGUAAAAAUAGGACAAAAUAUUGCUGAAUCACUAGGCAUAUUGGAUGCUGAUUUUGAGGAUUGGCCUUGUCAGUACAGAAUUAACAAAUAUAACUUCACUUCAGAAACAAUAGGGUCUUUUGGAGCUUCAGUGCACACAGAUUCUAGGUUCUUAACACUUCUUCAAGAUGAUGAAAAUGUUGGUGGUCUUAAAGUGAUGGAUAAUUCUGGCUCAUUUGUUUCAGUCGCACCAUUUCAUGGAGCCCUCCUUGCCAAUCUUGGAGAUAUUGCUCGAGUAUGGAGCAAUGGAAGGUUUUGCAAUGUGAAGCACCGUGUACUAUGCAAAGAGCCUACUACACGUUACUCAAUUGCUACAUUUAUGUUGGGACCGAGGAAGGGAAAUGUUGAGGCUCCAAAGGAGUUGGUGGACCAUGAUCACCCACGUCUUUAUCAACCUUUUACUUAUGAAGAAUAUAAGACGCUCAGAGUUUCCAUUAAGAAGGCUCGUGAUAAAUCUCUGCAUGAUUGUGAAGUCCUUAAGCUACUACAUUUGGUUUAG